UCCGCCAGAUGGCAGCUGUAUCGGGUUUGUUACGGGUAUACGUUGCAGUGGCAAUUUCUUGAACAAUAAUUUCGUUAAAAGUUAACCGCAAAUGAUUAUAUGUAAACGAAUUGUAUGUCCUUUUAAUUAUGGCGGAAGCUACCGCUUCGGUUUCGACCACAAAAACUGAGACGAUUGAACAUAGUAAGAGUCCUGUGCUGAAAUUGCGUUUACAAAAGCCAAAGAGUAACAAGAAAGUCGACUGGACCACCGAUACCGUCGACAACGAACAUAUGGGAAAGAAGAGUUCAAAAUGUUGCUGCAUUUAUGAGAAGCCGCAUGGAUUUGGGGAGAGCUCGUCUGAAGACGAUGAUGAUGAGUGCGGACAUUGCAGAGGUCACAAGAAGAAGUGUCACAAGAAUCCGGUGACAGACGGCGAUGCGUCACAGCAGCCCGAGUCCAAUCCUGGUAUCGUGCAGGAGAGCUAGAAUUGGCGUCUGAAAAGUGCGGGACGAAUCGAGCAGAGCAGUCAUUAGCGCUAUCGUAUGCUACGCUUGCAGUGAUUUUGUGAUAUCCAAUGCCCACUUUUUCCAAUGAAGCCAAACAGUAGAUAGGGUAGGCAUAGACACUAGCUAAAGUGCAUUUUCUAUAUUAUAGUUUCACAAAGUCACCAUUUGGAUAAUCACUAUCUUAGGGCAUCGCAAUACGGAUGUAUGAGGAUUUAAUUGUGUAAAUAUGCAUCGAGCUAUUUUAUUUUGCGCGAUGUAGGUGUAAAUAUGUGAAGGACACUGGGUGCUGUAAUGCAUGUCAAUGCAAGGGUGGAUUGAUCAGGGGGUUUGAGGUCUUGCAUCUAAGUACUUGGCAAGCAUAGAUCUCUGAAUGCCCUUGGCCUUAUCCACUCAAUACAUCUUUGCCUUAUCAUACCAGAUUGGUAAUACAAUAAAUUCACCAAAAGGCUUCGCAAAAUUGGGAAUAAUAAUACAUAUAUGCAGUGCUUAGUAGUUAUCAUUCAUGAUUGCAUAGUAGGUUUCCAUCAAUUACCAGUCAAAAACUGUAUGUCACAUAAGCCAAUGAGUGUCAAAUAUAUCAAUUUAAUGUUGUCACAGAAUUCUUACUGUAUUUUGCUGAUGUCUUGCAACAUACAGGCAAGAGUUAUCUUAUUUAUUAAUAUCGCGUAUAGUAUAUAUGGAAUAUAAAUAUUGAUUCCUGCCAAUCAAUCAUAUGUAUGCAUAUUUAUGUAUAUGUAAUGCUAGUAAACUAACAACAUCACCAAUUA